AUACUCUGUCAGUGUGAGGCAGAAGGUGGAUGCCACAAAUGCUGACAUGAAGCAGAGUUGGAAUAUUUCAUGUUUUCAUCAAUUUGUAAGUCUAUGAAUUCAAAUCGUACUGUUACUCGUCAUUCAUGACUCUUUAGCUGAAACUGAACGUCUCAUCAUGACUGUGUCCACACUGUGUUUUGAUUUGGUAUUUAUACUAUUUAUAGCCUCCCAAUACCAAUGCCAAAACACAAGAGCACCCAUGAAAGAUGGAAGAUGUUCAGCAGGAUAUUACAAAAAAGGACAUGAGUGUGUGAUGUGUAAGAGUGGUUUUUACACGAACACUUCAAAUACAUUGGCAUUUUGUAUUCCAUGUAAUAAUUGUGAUGAAAUGGCUCAUGAAGUAGAGAGUACCACCUGCAAAUCAACACAGAACCGAGUCUGCGAUUGUAAACCUGGGUUUUACAAAAGGGAUAGUUUCUGUGUACCCUGUCACGAUUGCCCAAACUGCGCAAAAUGUUUGAACUGUAAAGAGAAAUGUAACCGACAAACAACUAUUACAACCACAGCAGUAGUUUGUGGGAUGGGCUAUUUUCAGGAUGGUGGAAAAUGCCAAAGCUGUGUAAAGUUUAGCUGCAAGAGUGACUCCUGUAAAUCUUUUUGUACCACGGUUGAAACAGACUUUCCUCACCCGCUGUUGCCGGUGUAUCUCACCAUCGUGGCCUUAUUGGGUGGUCUUCUCUGCCUUUUUCUCAUCUGGUUCUGUAAACGGAGAUGGUUUUGCUGCCAAUCCAAAAAUUUGCAUGUUGGCAAACAUCCAAACAUUCACAUUCAACCAGCAGAUCAACCUAAUGACGUAACCAACAUUCCCAUAGCAACGGAAAGAAACGCCUCAGUCUGCAAUGAAACCAGUAUCAAAACUUUACCAGUGACCAAUUACCCACACAGCGUCUUCAGUGGAGACUUACAGAGCAUCAUGGCUCCCCUGAUAGCAAAUGGAAACCCAAAAUUAAUGCAGGUGUUGCAGAAGGAGUCCUGGCCAGCACCAGUGCUCUACACCAUCAUAAGAGAGAUUCCCGUGACACGCUGGAAGGAAUUUCUGCGACUGCUUUCUGUGUCAGAUGAUCAGAUGGAACGAAUCGAACUGGAGGCAGGCCCAUCCUAUCUAGAAAAACAGUACCUGAUGCUACGUCUUUGGAGCCAGAGCAGUGGCGCGAAGCUGGAGAAUAUCUACUCAACAUUACACUACAUGAACCUAUCAGGUUGCGCCCAGGAACUGCAAGAGAAGCUAGAACAACUGCAGGCAUGCAUGCAAUCUGCCUCAUCUUGACGCCAUCUCCUCAUGUGUGAGGGCUGCAGUUGAAUUUUGCAAUCAUUUACAGGGAACUCUGCACAGCAGAUGUUCUGUCUUCUGUACUUUUAACAGGAAACGCUCAGUCAUGGAUAAAAAUAUUCAUGUUCAUGAAUUGUUUUAUUUAAGCAUAAUGUAAAAAUAAAUGCAAAUUAUUAAGCACAUAAGUGGCUUUGUAAUAAGUGAUUAUAAUCUUUGGUCACAUGAAUCUGCCUUGUGUCACUAUACUGUACAAAUGUGAAUAUUUAAAGAGUAAUUGACCAAUUCUAAGUUUGAACUUAAAAAUAAUUUUUGAUGUAUGUUUGAGGUGUCUUAACUGAAAGCAAUUUGCACUGACAUAUCUUAAAAUAUGUCAGAGCAUUGUUUUGUCUCAAGAUCCACACAACCACACCAGUAAUUUUUUUAAGGCUCGUUUAUAAAAGCUACUUAAAUGUCCUAAUUUAACUUAGGCCUAGUCCUGGCUUAGUCUAAGCCCUGUCUGUGAAAGCAAUCCUUUAUCAUCCACUAUCAGCUUAAGAAGGUACUGUACUGGUUUUCAGGAUGAAUAGGUAGGUGCUUAAAUGUUAAAGGUUAUUAUAAGCUCUCAGUCAUAUUGUACUUGGGCUAGUAUUACUUGACUCACUUUGUCACACCACUGUAUAUUUGUUACUUUUCUUAAUAAAAACAUAACUGAUGAA